AUGGCCCUUCCCGCCCUGGGCCUGGACUCCCGGAGCCUCCUGGGCCUUCUGCUCUUCCAGCUGCUCCUGCUGCUCCUGCCACCGCCCACAACCGCGGGGGGUGAAGGGCAGGGACCCGCACCCAGGGUCAAAUACUGCGCAGGGGAUGGACGCAGAGCUCUUAGCUUCUUCCACCAAAAGGGCCUCCAGGACUUUGACACCCUGCUUCUGAGUGAUGAUGGAGGCACUCUCUAUGUGGGGACUCGAGAGGCCAUUCUGGCCUUGAACAUCGAGGAUCCUGGGGUGCCAAGGCUGAAGAACAUGAUACCCUGGCCAGCCAGUGACAGAAAAAAGAGUGAAUGUGCCUUUAAGAGGAAGAGCAAUGAGUCACAGUGUUUCAACUUUAUUCGUGUCCUGGUAUCCUUCAACGCCACCCACCUCUACGCCUGCGGCACGUUCGCCUUCAGCCCUGCUUGUACCUUCAUUGAACUCCAAGAUUCCAAACUGUUGCCCAUCUCGGAGGACAGGGUUGUGGAGGGGAAAGGCCAAAGCCCCUUCGACCCCACCCAUAAGCACACAGCUGUCAUGGCAGAUGGGAUGCUCUAUUCCGGCACCAUGAACAACUUCCUGGGCAGUGAGCCCAUCUUGCUGCGCACUCUGGGACCCCAGCCUGUCCUCAAGACGGACAGCUUCCUCUGCUGGCUGCAAUCGGACGCCUCCUUCGUGGCAGCCAUCCCUUCCACCCAGGUCGUCUACUUCUUCUUCGAGGAGACAGCCAGCGAGUUUGAGUUCUUCGAGAAGCUUCACAUUUCCCGAGUGGCCAGAGUCUGCAAGAAUGAUGUGGGUGGCGAGAAGUUGCUGCAGAAGAAGUGGACCACCUUUCUAAAGGCCCAGCUGCUUUGUACCCAGCCGGAACAACUUCCCUUCAACAUUAUCCGUCACGCUGUCCUGCUGGCAGACAAUUCCUCCACCGAUCCCCGUGUCUACGCAGUCUUUACCUCUCAGUGGCAGGUUGGUGGGACCAGGACCUCUGCUGUCUGUGCAUUCUCACUCAAGGACAUCGAGAAAGUCUUUGAGGGGAAGUACAAGGAAUUGGACAAAGAGACCUCACGCUGGACUACUUAUGAACAUCCUGAUAUCAGUCCACGGCCAGGCAGUUGCUCCAAGGGCCCCUCCUCUGAUAAAGCCUUGACCUUCAUGAAGGACCAUUUCCUGAUGGAUGAGCCAGUGGUGGGGACACCCCUGCUGGUGAAGUCUGGUGUAGAGUACACUUGGCUUGCGGUGGAGACAGCCCAGGGCAUCGACGGGCAGAGCCAUCUGGUCAUGUACCUGGGCACCAGCACAGGCUCCCUCCACAAGGCUGUGGUGAGUGGGAACCGCAGUGCUUAUCUGGUGGAGGAGAUUCAGCUGUUCCCUGACCCUGAACCUGUUCGCAACCUGCAGCUGGCCCCUACCCAGGGAGCAGUGUUUGCAGGCUUCUCAGGAGGCAUCUGGAAGGUUCCUCGAGCCAACUGUAGUGUCUACGAGAGCUGUAUGGACUGUGUCCUUGCCCGGGACCCUCACUGUGCCUGGGACCCUGAGUCUCAAACCUGCCGCCUCCUGCCCACCCCUAUCCUGAAGCACUGGAAGCAGGACAUGAAGCAAGGGAACCCAGAGUGGGCCUGUGUCGGUGGCCCCAUGGGCAGGAGUCUGGGGCGCUGGAGCCGCCCCCAGAUCAUUAAAGAAGUCCUGGCUGUCCCCAACUCCUUUCUGGAGCUCCCCUGUCCCCAGAGCUCGGCUCUGGCCUCUUACCACUGGAGUCACGGGCUAGAAGCCAUCCCAGAGGCCUCUUCCACAGUCUACGACGGCUCCCUCUUGCUGCUUCUGCGAGAUGGGGCGGGGGGCCUCUAUCAGUGCUGGGCCACCGAGAAUGACUUCUCCUACCCUGUGGUCUCCUACUGGGUGCACAGUCAGGACCAGCCCCUGGCCCUGGAUCCCAAACUGGCGGGCAUUCCCCGGGAGCGCAUGGAGGCCCCGCUGACCAGGGUUGGCGGUGGGGCCGCCCUGGCUGCCCCGAAGUCCUACUGGCCCCACUUCCUCACCGUCACUGUGCUCCUCGCCCUGGUGCUUUCAGGAGCCCUCAUCACCUUCCUUGUAUCCCCGUUGGGGGCACUCCGAGCCCGGGGCAAAGUCCAAGGCUGUGGGACCCUGCCCCCCCGGGAGAAAGCCCCACUGAGCAGCGAGCGAUGCCUUCAAGCCCCCAAGGAAAGCAGGACCUCUGCCAGUGAUAUGGACGCCGACAACAACCUCCAGGGCACAGAGGUGGCUUAA